GAUGGAGCAGAGCAAAAGUGAGUCGCAGCAGACAAAACAAAUUACUAGUUCAAAAUCAACGGAACCGCGAGCACAUCGAUUCGUUCUCCUUCGUUAUCCCUGUCGUCUCUUUGUGUUUUCCAUUGCAACUGCGACACAGCAGGCAGCGCGAUAAGCCAUCACAACACCGGAAAGUGUGACCAGAAAAAAGUGCGAAAGUGCCAACAACACAGCGCGUUCUAGAAAAACUGCCGUAAAAUGUCGGACGAUUACGACAAGUACGAUCUCGAGAUGGAGAAGCACGUCCACUCGGGGCACAGCGGCAAGCAGCGCAGCAAGAAGGAAGCGAGCGACCACACGAACCACCACGACCCGAGCGGCCAUUCGCGCAAGAUAGUGGACAAGCUGAAAAACACGGAAGCGAAGAAGAAGCAGCCAGCCGCGAAGUAAACGCGAGCGCGACCAGAAUCCAAUCCCCCUUUUUCGCCUCCCAUCGGCCCCACGGACGACGGCUCCGCACGUCACGCGCUCAGGUGGUGUCCGGGGAUUGGAUUGUGGGGGGGUAGGCAAAGGAGCAGGCGCAGGGGUCAGUUAGAACAGCUGGCCUAAGACCCACUGCCUAGAGCUGGUCGGCUGGGAAAACAAGCUGAUGGAUCCUGGUGGUCUGUCUGCAGUGGGAAUUUAGAAUGUGAUGGGCGAUAUCGAUUGCCCCGCGCCCCUCCACUGCACUGGUUCUCCGCCCGGCCUCCUCCUUAGGCAGUCGCCCCCCGUCGUCGUCCGUCCGUCGUGCGAAGCGAUGCGUAUCAUUUUCUGAGUGUAUGAUUAUGCGAUUUGUGUGAUUAACUAUAAGUUGUAACGGUUUUUAAAAAGUAAUAAUGAUAAUAAUAAAGGUCUCUUAUCAACCAAGC